AUGCUUAUGGGACUCAAGGCCGCCACUUUGGCCGUAUUGGUUGCUGCUUACAUAGAUCAUGCAGAUGCUUUCUUGAACUUAGACUUGUCCAAGUCUCUUUCGAUUUCCAAGUCUCUUUCCAUUGGUAAGAGCGUUUCUCUAGACAAGGGCCUUUCCUUAAAUAAGGACAUUUCUGCUGGUGUUGGAGUCUCUAUUGGCGGAGGAAUAUCCAUUGAAAAAGGGAUUUCCGCUGGAAAAGGUGUUUCUAUUGAUAAGGGAAUUUCCAUUGAUAAAGACAUCGAGGUUUCCAUUUGUGCAAACAAAGUUAUUCAAUAUGGGAAGACCAUUGACUUCGACGCAGAACUCUCCAAGUCAUUGGGUAUCUCCUUGGACGUUUCCAAGCAGAUUUCUUUAGGUAAAGAUUUUUCAUUAGGUGCUUCCAUUGACAAGUCUAUCUCUAUUGGUGUUUCUAAAGACGCAAGUGCAGACAAGUCUAUUGGUCUCGGUAUAUCCAAGAGUAUCGGUGUUGAUGCUGGUGCUACUCUUGGUGUAGACAAAUCUGCUGGAGUUGGUAUUUCUAAGAGUAUCGGAGUUGGUGCUGAUAUUGGCGUUGGAGUUGAUGCCUCAAUUGAUAAGUCAGCUGGUGUUGGUAUUUCUAAGAGUAUUGGCAUUGGUGCCAGUGCUUCUCUUGGUGCAGACAAGUCUAUUGGUAUUGACAAGUCUGCUGGAGUUGGUAUUUCUAAGAGUAUUGGCAUUGGUGCCAGUGCUUCUCUUGGUGCAGACAAGUCUAUUGGUAUUGACAAGUCUGCUGGAGUUGGUAUUUCCAAGAGCAUCGGAGUUGGUGCUUCCCUUGGUGUUGAUGCUUCUCUUGGUGUUGAUGCUUCCAAGUCUGCAGGUGUUGGUAUUUCAAAAGACGUUGGUGCUUCUGUUGGUGUUGAUGCUUCCAAGUCUGCAGGUGUUGGAAUUUCCAAAGAAAUUGGCGCUUCUGUUGGUGUUGACGCAUCAGCAGAUAUCGAAAAGUCUGCAGGCGUUGGCAUUUCGAAGAGUAUUGAUGCCUCUGUUGGCGUUCAAAAGUCUAUCGGUAAGAGAUCACUUGCUGUUGCUCCAGCCGCAAGCCUUUCUAUUUCCAAAGUUGCUUCCAUCGGUGGAGGUUUCUUCGAUGUUGACCUUCAAUUCCAAGCUGCGGCUGCCGUAUACUUGCAAAAGACUUUUGGAUCUGCUGCUGACAAGGAAGUCACUAUUUCUGGUACAGGUACUGGUGACGUUUCUCUUACUAAGGAUGCUUCUCUCGACGACGCUUUUGAUUUCGGUGCUACUGUUUCUAUCCAAGCUGAAAAGAAUGGUGACCUCUAUUGUUUACCCUCCAACUUCACUAUCGGCUUCGAUUUCUCCAAGAGUGCCUCUCUCGAUCUCUGGAAGAGCUUGGGCUUCUCCAAGGAUUUCUCUUUCUCCUUGACCAAGGACUUGUCUAUUGAAAAGGAUGUUUCCAUUUCUGCCAGAAACUUGGGCAUUUCUGCGUCUCUUGACAUUGGUGCUGACAUCAGCAUUGCUAAGAGCUUCGGUAUUUCCAAGGAUCUCCUGAUUGUCUUUGAUGCAGUGAAGACUACCGACUUAACUUUGCCUCAAUUCUGUUGGAAGGUAUGUGAAGAACCUGCUAUUUCUUCGUCUUCUGUUGAAACUACUACUGCUUCCACCUCUACUACUGAAGAAACAACCGAAACCUCUUCUACUGAAAUCUCCACCGAAGAAUCUACCAGUGCUUCCUCUACUGAGGAAACAACCGAAACGUCUUCUACUGAAAUUUCCACCGAAGAAUCCACCAGUGCUUCGUCUACUGAAGAAUCUAUCAGUGCUUCCUCUACCGAAGAAUCUAGCAAUGAUUCUUCCUCUGCUGAAGAAACAACUUCUUCAGAAGCUUACUCCACAGGUUCUACCGAAUCUGACAUCUCUUCUGAAUCUCCUGUCAGCUCUCCUGUCAGCUCUCCUGUCAGCUCUUCUGUUGAAGCUACUUCUUCUACCAUUUCAGGCGAAGCUGAUGUGACUUCUUACACUGAUGUCUAUGUCACUGAAACGACUGUUCUUACUAUUACCAGCUGUGAAGAAGACAAGUGUACCACCAAGGCUGUUACUACAGGUGUUAUCUACAUCACUGAAACUGAGACUACUUAUACCACCUACUGUCCUUUGUCCACCGAAUCCGAAGAAGCUUCUGAAACCCCCUUUGCAUCUGUUUCCAAACUUCCCCAGGCUGCUGAAACUUCUGAAGUUGCCGAAGAAGAAACAGACACCGUUACUCAAACCACUGUUGUGACGAUCACUAGCUGCGAAGAAGACAAGUGCUCUGCUACUGAAGUCACCACUGGUGUUGUAUACGUAACUGACGUUGACACGACUUACACUACCUACUGUCCAUUGACUUCAGAAGAAGCUCCAACUCCACUGUUAUCUUUGGAAGAAGAUUCUACUACCACUGUUAACGUGACCUCUACCAUCACCACCUCCACUUCUGCUGUUGAAACCCCAGUAGCAGCCAUUGAGACUCCAUCGACUGCUUCUGAGACCCCAGUUGCUUUUGAAACUGAGACUCCAGAAGCUGAAGCUGCCCUUGAAACUGAGACUCCAGAAGCUGAAGCUGCUCUUGAAACUGACGCUCCAGCUGCUCCUGCUGAAGUUCCAGAAGUUGAAAGUUACGUUUCUAGUGUUGUUGAAGGUGAAACCCCUGCUUCAGCACCAGUCUCAUCUGCCGAGACUCCUGUGCCAAUUGCUCCCGCUGCUCCAGAAACUUCUUCACCUCUUGCCCCAGAAGUUGCUACUUUCUCACCGCAAAACGCUACUGUUCCAGUUUAUGUUCCAGCCGAAGGUUCUGCCAGCAAGACUUAUAUAUCGGGGGCUGCCGCUUUGGCUGUUGUAUUUUUCUUUUUCAACUUCUAAAGUUGCCCAGUUGCCCGCAUAGGUUUCGAUGAGUCCGACCAAUAUUCAUAUUUUCGAGAACAUUCUGUUCAUUAUUAGUACUUUUUUCUUCAUAUGCUUCAUGCAAAUGGCUGGGCCCCUUUAUUCUAUGUAUACUUAUGAUACCCUUUCCAAUAUUAAUUUCCUUGAGUUAUAUUGCACAACAAUAUAUAUUACUAUCAC